UUCCUCUCCACAACCCACUUUUCUACUUCAACCUCAAACUGUUUCUCUCUCUACAUUAUUUCUUUCUCUCUCUAAAAAAAGAAGAUAAAUUAGUGAAUUUUUUUAGGGAGGAAAAAAAAAUGGGAAUGUUUAGUAUUUUUAACAUUGUUUCAUUAAUGACAUUAUGGGUUACAUCAACAUUAGUUGAUGCAAGAAUUCCUGGAAAUUACCAAGGUGGUUCUUGGCAAUCUGCUCAUGCUACUUUCUAUGGUGGUUCUGAUGCUUCUGGAACUAUGGGGGGAGCAUGUGGAUAUGGGAACCUGUACAGCCAAGGGUACGGUGUGAACACAGCAGCACUAAGCACAGCACUGUUUAACAGUGGACUAAGUUGUGGAGCUUGCUUUGAGCUUAAGUGCGCAAAUGACCCACGUUGGUGCCACCCUGGUAGCCCUUCUAUACUUAUUACUGCAACCAACUUUUGCCCGCCUAACUUUGCUCUUCCUAAUGAUAAUGGUGGAUGGUGCAACCCACCUCGUCCUCACUUUGACCUAGCCAUGCCUAUGUUCCUUAAGCUUGCUCAAUACCGUGCUGGCAUUGUCCCUGUUGCUUUCCGCAGGGUGCCAUGCCGUAAGCGUGGAGGAAUCAGGUUCACAAUGAAUGGGUUCCGUUACUUUAACUUGGUAUUGGUUAGUAAUGUUGCGGGUGCAGGUGAUAUUGUGAAUGUAUACAUUAAAGGUUCGAAGACGAACUGGAUGGCAAUGAGUCGGAACUGGGGACAGAAUUGGCAAUCCAAUUCUGUUUUAGUUGGUCAGUCACUCUCUUUCAGGGUUAGAGGUAGUGACAAGAGAAGUUCCACUUCUUGGAACAUUGCUCCCUCUAAUUGGCAAUUUGGACAAACUUUCACUGGCAAAAACUUCAGGGUUUAAAAAGAAAAAAAAAAAAAAAACAUGUCACCCACUAAAAUUUCGAAUUUCCCGGCUUAAUUUUAGUGUUUUAAUUAAAAAAAAACCUUGUUUUUAUGGGUUUUUUUUCUUUUUUUACUUUUUUAAAGAGAAAAAUUGGCUUUUUUAAAAGACUUUUCUCAAUCUAAGGGGUGAAUGAAUUUGAAUUUUAUUUUACUUUUUUGGGUUUAAAGUUUUGGGUUUGGAGGAAAAUGGAUGUGUGAAAUUGGUAAUUUUGGAGAAGAAAGGAGGGUAUAGUGGGAAAUGAAGUGCUGAAGUGGCUGCAGCAAAGGUGUAGCCCGCAGCCUAAUGAUCUUCUAAUUAUUAUGAUGGAAGGAUUUAUAUUUGGAAUAUGGUAUAUGAAUAUGAUAAUAUAUAGUUUAGUAGAGUGUAAUAUGUAUCACAACUUGUGUUCUUGUAACUCUUUGCUUUUCGUUCAAUGGAAAAUGCUUUGUUUGCCUUUAUAUAA